UACAUCGUACAUGGACAGUUUUCAGUAAGAUACCGCGUAGUGAACCGUAAAGUGGUUAAUAGUGAUGGAAAUAGUUUUGUCCGUUUGAGUUAGUGUUAGUAUUGUUAAGUUCAAACUGUGAUGUAAAUUAUGAGCUACGCAUAACGCCUACCUUCAAUUAAUUGUGCAUUCCUGUAAUUCCUCAUCAUAGCGUGCUCUCUUCUCUAAAUACAAGUGAUAAACUUUAAUGCAGUGAUAUAAUUCCAAUCAGGAAAUGAAGGUGAGGAAGCAAGCAAUGCAGGCAAACGCCUGGAUCAAGUUUCGUCUGUUGAUGUGGAAGAACUUUCUUCAGCAAUGGAGGCACAAAGGACAGACGGUAGUGGAGCUGCUAUUGCCUGUAGCUACCAUGGCGCUAGUACUCAUUCUGCGAGAACAGAUCGAGCCUGUCAGACAAGAGUCUAUAAGAUACCCACCUAUACCGGCCCACACUCUAAAUUUUUCACGUACAGUAUUUGCGGGUCUUAAUAUAACUCAUCUGUCAAUAGCGUAUUCACCGAAAAGUGACGUAUUAGACAGUGUGGUGAGAAGUGCAGUAGUAAAUUUAUUUGCUCAGAACAUACUAGAUAUCUAUGACAUGAUAAAAGAUCAAGAUGAUCCUGAAUUACCAGAUUUUCCAGAAAUUCCGCCAGAUAUUGAACUAAAUUCGACGCUUAUAUAUGAAAUUGCUAAAGAGCUUGUAAGAAUUAAAGAGUACAAUAGUAGUGCAGAGCUCAUACAAGUAUAUCGUGAUAAACAAUCAAUUCGUGAAGUAAUAGCUGCCGUCGAAUUUGAUGAUGCAUUACUAGGUGCUAUGGAGUUACCGACGAAUUUGUCAUACGCUUUAAGAUUUCCUGAAAGGCCACGGUUGAAUUCACUUUUCGGCCUGGGUGGACGUACGUGGCGAACGGAUAUUACCUUUCCUUUCUUUGAAUUGCCUGGACCUAGAUUUCCAUUUUCUUGGGAAGGAGGAAAUGAUCCAGGUUAUGUGAACGAAAUGUUCAUAGCAUUGCAGCACGCUAUUUCAAUGGAGCUAGUUUCGCGAAUAACCGGCGAAAAUCUACGAACAUUUAGAGUGAAUUUGCAGAGAUACCCACAUCCGUCCUAUGUUGAAGAUCUUGCGGUGGAGGCACUUAUUUUUAUAUUUCCCCUGUUUUUCAUGCUCAGUUUCAGCUACACAGCUGUUAACAUUGUGCGGAGUGUGACUUUAGAAAAGGAACAACAGCUUAAGGAAACUAUGAAGAUAAUGGGACUUCCUACAUGGUUACACUGGACGGCCUGGUUUUGCAAACAGUUUAUAUACCUGUUCCUCACAGGUGCGCUUAUUACGAUUAUAUUAAAGAUUAACUGGUUCACAAAUGAACAAGGCUUCAGUGAAUACGCCGUAUUUACUAAUACUCCGUGGACGGUCAUGUUGUUUUACAUUACGUUAUAUUUAUCUUGCACCAUUUUCUUUUGCUUUAUGAUAAGCGGGUUCUUUUCGAAAGGUAGCACAGCUGCUUUGUUUGCGGGCGUUAUUUGGUUCCUGUCGUUUGUUCCAUCUGUGCUGUUAGGAAUGGAUGUGGAAGUCCCACUGGCAGUCCAAGCUUUAACGUGUUUUUCCAUUAACUCAGCAAUGUCCUAUGGGUUCCAAUUAAUACUUGGCAAAGAGAGUACCGAAGGAAUGCAAUGGGGAGACUUUUUCACAACACAUUCCCUCGAAUCUAAUCGAUUAUUGUUCGGGCAUGUUUGUAUAUUUCUUGUCGUGGACUGUGUAUUGUAUAUGUUAGUUGCACUGUACCUUGAACAAGUUCUUCCGGGGCCGUGUGGAGCUCCAAAAGUCUGGUACUUUCCAUUCCAGAAGUCAUUUUGGUUUCCCUCUUCAAAAAUCGAUUGCGAUGAAAGAUUCAACGAUCCAGAUUUCGAUGGAACAAUCAAAGAAACAGAUCCAACAGACCUUCCUAUUGGUGUGAAAAUGACCAAUUUAACGAAAGUAUACAAAAACAGUAUAGCCGUAAAUAAUUUGAGUUUAAACAUUUACGAAGAUCAAAUCACAGUACUCUUGGGACAUAAUGGCGCAGGAAAAUCUACCACAAUAUCAAUGAUAACAGGUAAUGUUGAAGUAACUAGAGGCAACGUGUGGCUCGCUGGCUACAAUGUGACGACGCAGACUAAUUUUGCUCGAGCACAUCUUGGUCUCUGUCCGCAACAUAACGUACUUUUUAAUGAGCUUACCGUACGCGAACAUCUGGAAUUCUUUGCCAGACUCAAAGGCUUCACUGGCAAGGAGCUCGAAGAAGAUAUCGAUACGCUCAUAAAUCGGCUAGAGAUGCAGGAGAAAAGAGAUUAUCUAGCUCAAGGGCUGUCUGGGGGUCAAAAAAGGCGGUUGUGCGUGGGUAUCGCAUUAUGUGGAGGUGCGAAAGUAGUUUUACUCGACGAACCCACAUCCGGUAUGGACCCUUCAUCACGCCGUGCAUUGUGGGAAAUAUUAAAUAGAGAAAAAAAAGGUCGAUCAAUGAUCCUGACGACCCAUUUUAUGGAUGAAGCAGAUUUUCUCGGGGACCGCGUUGCUAUUAUGUCUAGUGGCCGGUUACAAUGUGUUGGUUCUCCCUAUUUUUUGAAACAUCAUUACGGAGUAGGUUAUACUCUGGUCAUCGUUAAAACUGAAGAUUUUCAAAUUGAUUAUUGCACUACUCUAAUUGGAGAAUACAUACCAGGUACAAUGGUUAAAGAAGAUCGAGGCAUGGAAGUGACUUAUAAAUUGCCCAACCAUUAUUCCAACGUGUUUGAAGAUAUGCUCAACGACCUUGAGAGAAAUAUAGAAAUCAUAAAAUUUAAGGACUAUGGAUUACUUGCUACAACGCUGGAAGACGUCUUUAUGUCUGUUGGGUCGGACAUAGAAAUACAUUCCGAAUCAGACGAUUUAACAAUUACAACAGAUUUGUCUGAAGAUAAAGAUGCCAAUUCCGAUGAAAUAUCUUUGGAAGACCUUGAUAAUACUUACGAGAGCGAAACAGGGUUUCAGCUAUUAUGGUUACGUGUAAGCGGAGUUUGGUUAAAACUGUUCCUAGUAUGGACUCGAUCGUGGGGAUUGCUGUUAUUGCAAGUGUUGGUGCCUAUCCUGCAGAUAAAUACUAACUUGGGAAUUUUGCAGUAUCUAUUAGGAAAAAGUUCUACUGUUAUUUCUAGGGCAUUGACGCUUGCGCAAGGAUACGUUGGUACUGAAACUUUCUUAAGUUAUAACGGUACUAAUCAAACUUCGUGGGGUAGUUUGGCUAGACAAGGGUACGAAGAACUUUUCAACUCUUCAAAUGUCAACUCUAUGAGAUUAGCAGUUGUAGAUGGACAGCUAAUCGACGAAUAUUAUUUACAAAGAACCGAGGAUCCAGUCUUAAUGGGCGCAUAUCGCAACAGACUCCUAAUUGGUGCAACGUUUGAAGACAACUCUGCAACUUCUUGGUUUAGCAACUUCGGAUACCACGACGUAGCCACUUCUCUGGCCACUGUACAUUCAGCUAUACUCAAAGGAAUUAACCCAACAGCCAAUCUCAAUGUGUUCAAUCAUCCGCUCCAAGCUAAUUAUAGAGAUGACACUAACAUCCAACUGAUGGUGUCCUUAAUGUCAGUACAAGUUGCGAAUAGCAUUGGCAAUAGUCUUGCCAUCGUCAGUGCGGUCUUCAUUAUGUUUUAUAUUAAGGAGCGAGUAACGCGUGCGAAGUUACUGCAGCGGGCAGCGGGUAUGCAGCCAGCUAUACUGUGGGGUGCCGGCGCGAUAUUUGACUGGACAUGGUUCAUGGUGCUCUGUGUUAGCAUUAUCAUCUCCUGUGCAGCUUUCCAGGUUACUGGCAUGAGCUCUGUGGAGGAACUGGGUCGUCUAUAUCUUUGUUUGAUGAUAUAUGGCGCCGCCAUGUUGCCGCUCCAUUAUUUGUUCUCACUGCUUUUCAACGGACCAGCCCUUGGAUUUGUCAUUAUGUUUUUCAUUAACACUCUCUUCGGUUUGAUAGGUGCACAAAUCGUAGAAGCACUGUCGUCACUGGCAGCUUCAGCACAGGAAGCUGCAAAGAUAAUGGAUUAUAUAUUGCAGUUCUUCCCGCUUUAUAGUCUGGUAACCUCUACUAGGCAGCUAAAUCAAGUCGGGUUAAUAAGAUUUUCUUGCUUGGAGUACUGCGAUUACUUGACUUCAGUGCUGCCUAAUUUAGAAGAGUGUAAUAUGGAAUUCCUUUGUAAAAAUAUAACACAACAAUGCUGCAUUCGUGAGAAUCCAUACUUCGAGUGGAAGGAGCCAGGUGUAAUGCGCUAUAUUACUUGCACACUUAUAACCUGUGUCGUAUUAUGGUCAUUACUUAUGAUAUUGGAAUACAAUUUGAUUCAGAGGCUGUUUAUUCGCAAGAAGAAAGCACCGCCUGUAGACGAGUCAUCUUUAGAUCCCGAUGUGGUAGAUGAAAUGAGGCACGCUGAGCGCGUUGACAUUAAUACGCCUGGUAUAAGUUUAGUGGCGCGAGGUCUUUCAAAAUACUACGGAAAUCACCUUGCUGUAGAUCAAAUUUCUUUCACCGUGAGCGAAGCAGAAAUCUUUGGUUUGCUGGGUGUUAACGGUGCCGGGAAAACGACAACCUUUAAAAUGCUAAUGGGAGACGAGUCUAUUUCCAGUGGAGGCGCUUUUGUUAGUGGCUACUCCGUUGAAUCUGACAUCAACAAAGUUCAUGAGAAUAUAGGCUACUGUCCACAAUUCGACGCGAUAUUCAGCGAGUUGACUGGACGUGAAACGCUGCAUCUGUUCUCGAGAUUCCGUGGGCUGAAGAAUGCCGACUCUUUGAUUAGAGCCGUAACACUCGCUAACGCACUAGGAUUUACAAAACAUUUAAAUAAAAGGGUGGAUCAAUACUCAGGGGGAAACAAGCGAAAGCUGAGCACAGCGGUCGCCAUGCUCGGUCGUACGAAGCUCGUGUUCGUGGAUGAGCCGACGACGGGCGUGGACCCGGCUGCCAAGCGGCAAGUGUGGCGCGCGGUGCGGGCCGCGAGGCGUGCGGGCCGAGCCUUCGUGCUCACCUCGCACAGCAUGGAGGAGUGCGAGGCGCUGUGCGAUCGCCUCACAAUCAUGGUCAACGGCCGCUUCCAAGCCCUUGGCUCCCCGCAACAUCUCAAAAAUAAAUUCUCUCAAGGUUUCACACUGACCAUUAAGAUAAAAUUAAAAGAAGGAGACAGUUCUGAAAACGAUCAUAGAACAGAAACUGUGAAGAACUAUGUACAGAAUCACUACACAGAGCCUAAGUUAAUGGAGGAGUACAAGGGCCUUAUAACAUUCUAUUUGCCCGACCGCACGAUGCCCUGGUCCAAGAUGUUCGGCAUCAUGGAGCGAGCCAAGCGAAAUUUGGCAGUAGAAGAUUAUAGUAUACUCCAAACAACAUUAGAGCAAAUUUUCUUACAAUUCACUAAAUAUAAACGCGCAGGAUUAUAAUACAUAAAGAAGAUAGCUUUAACAUAGCCCAUUCGACAAGGUAGUUGCUUUAUCAUUACUCUUUGCCUUGAAACAGUAAGAUUAUAUACGUACAGUGAGCUUUAACAUAUUAAAUCAAUGUAUACAUAUAUACAAAUAAACAACGUAUAGCGGUUGUAGAGUAAUGCAAUGUUCAAUUCAAUUCUUAUUCUAUAUCUUUUUGUAUGUAUUGCAUUCAUAGUAAUGUAUGUACACGUGCAUUUCUGAAUUAGGACGAAAAAUAAUCCCAAGCAAAUAAAGAUGAAAAGUUAUCACUAUGUCAAGGUUUCAUUAUUAUUAUAUCUGUCAUGGUCGUUUCUUAUCUUUAUGUGAGAUAGCAAAUGUUUAACAUAUUCCUAUAGAAAUUAAUUGCAGUUGCUUAUAAUAUGUUUUAUCAUCACAAAACAUAAAAUUUUGUAACCGUUACUUCCCAUAAUAAAUGUAAUUUAUUAUUUAUUUGUAAACUUAUUAUUGAAGCACGUAUUCUUAACCCUCCCAGGGUUAAGAAUAUUUCUUAUGGAAAUAUUGGAUGCCAUAGACCAUACAAAAAUGUGUAGGUAACAUAGAAUUAGAGAAUUUUAUACAUGUUUUGUUCGUCUUAAAUAAAAUAUUUAUUGUA